GCUGCUUAGAUUUCUCCAGUCUGCCCGAACGUCUGCAAUCCGUAGUGAGCAUACUACGGGGUGUUAGGAGCCGCAGUCACCUCCGAUAGUCAUUCGCCAUGUCCUCCGCGCUCGUUACCAACCCGCAGGUUUCUCGCUUUUGCUGGCAGGUCUUGCAGCUGGAACCAACCCCAGACUUCCCCGACGACGAAUUGCUCCGAGAGGAAAGCGUCCAAGACGCAAUAUACGACGGCUUGUUCGCCUUUGACGCUGGCGCCGCGCCGUCUCUACCACCACGGUACCAACUCAGGAUCCUAAAGCAGUUGGUAGCCAAAAUAGAGUCCGCCAUCCAGGAUUGGGACCAGCAUGGCGUCUCAGACAAACUCAUGUCUGUCCUCACGGAUCUGCUUCUGCAACCACUGCCGUCCGAGGAAACAGCUGUACUCCAGGACUGCCAUGUGACCUACCAUCUGUCGCAGCUUCAAAGAACGCCAGCCAUCCGCUGCCCGCAUGUCACCCUCCUCGAGACCCGGUCUCUCAUCUCAGGAGCAGGCACCACCGGGCUGCGGACUUGGGAAGCGGCACUGCACCUCGGACAGUAUCUCUGUACCAACCCAUCCCUUGUGCGGGACAAGCGGAUCGUCGAACUGGGAUCCGGAACAGGGUAUCUCGCGGUGCUUUGCGCCAAAUACCUCGGGGCCAGCCACGUCCUGGCGACGGAUGGAUCUGACGAUGUCGUCAGGAAGCUUCCCCGGAAUUUCAACCUCAAUGGUCUUCGAGGGUCUGAGAAAGUCGCCGCCAGGCAGUUGCGAUGGGGCAGUCUUCUCCCUGACGAUACCGGGGGGAGUGAAUGGAGAGGAGAACGGGUGGACAUGGUUGUCGGCGCCGACAUCACCUACGACUCCUGGACGUCGAGACACUGCCUUGGCCCAACGCUGCGGGACCUUGCAAUCUUGUUCCCUGGAGUUACCAUCCUGAUUGCGGCGACGGAAAGGAACAGAGAGACCUUCGAAGACUUCUUGCAAUGGUGUCGGGAAAAUGGGUUGGUCGUGAGCCUUCUGUCAUUUCCGGUCCUGCCAAGGGCCGAGCAAAGAGGUCCUUUCUACAAUGAUGAUAGUCCGAUACAUAUAUGUGAAUUGACCCGGCCGAUGUGAGAACUGUGUUCCCCAGAGCUGCAUGCUUGCAUCUGCGAUGUUGGGAAUAACUUGGGAUUGGGAAGAUUUGUGGAGACUGGAAUUCGAGAAUGGCCCCACCUUCAUGUGUCGCCUAAAAAUCGAGGCCACACGCAGAUUAGGGCUCGCUAACCGAUCCCGUGACUGGAUUUUUGCGAGACCCACCCUUGCGCAGCACCCUGCAAAAAUCACCACC